CAUCCACCUGGACUCUUGACUAUUUUUUUCUUCUUCCUCCAACAAAAAAAAAAGUUUUAUUUUCUUAUUUACUAUUUAAGCAAAGCAGCAAAGUUCGACUUUACUGAAUUACAUCGACUUUAUUGGAGCUCGCGCGCCGCAGGUGGAUAUGACGUCACGGACCGGGAGCAAAAAAACACAACAACAAUCUAAAUCCGCGACAUUUUCCCCCCCUCGCGCGAGGCAUAUUAAAGUGUAAAAAAAGAACCCCAAAACGUCGGAAGGAUCCCGCGUUUCUAACUGAGAAGUUUUUAAAGCGUUGUUGAAAGUCCCGAUUCCCUGCUUCAACGCAGCACUUUCCGGUCAGAGACACGCGGAGAUCCUGACCGCUGAAGUUAGUCCCUAAAGCGGAGUAAUUAGUGUUUACAGUGCGAUUUAUCGCACGCGCUCUGCCCAAACACAAGAUCACGCCAAGAGUACAAACCGUCGCCGUGCCAUUUCAUCAAGCCGCGUCUUAUUAUUUUAUUUCUUUAAACAAAAACAAACGUCCAAAUUACGAGUCUGCUGGCAGAGGCUUUGGAAGAAGCGGUCCAUCUUGAUCUUCUCCACUUGCGCCUGAAGGCCCCUUUUCUGACAGCUCUUUGAUGUUCAACCCCUCACAGUGCUGUGGUGAAUUUUGAUUGGAAGAAUGGAAUGUCAGACUUUUCAAAACAUCUGAUGAAGGGAGAAGAACCCAGUGUCACAGUCUUUUUGGAUGCUGAAUUCAGAGAAAAAACGAGAAGGCUAAACUCCAAGAGUUGUAACCGAAGACGGCUUCAAGCAAGCGAGUCCUUGGAAGAAGGCCUUUAAGUCAUGAUGCAAGAAGCGGGGACAGCGGAGGCGACGAGCAACGGAACAGUCAAACAGAACGGGGUGGUAGUUGAAGGUGGGCUUCGAGACAUACGAUCCAAGAGCGCCACACCUUCCUCUGACAUCACAGCCACUAACCUCAUGACCCUUCAGCAGCAACAGGCUCUACAGGUUGCAAGACAACUCCUUCUUAAGCAGCAGCAGCAGCAGAGUGGGGCUAUCAAGUCUCCCAAAAACAACGAGAAACAGCCUGCACUGCAGGUGCCAGUGUCAGUGGCUAUGAUGACUCCGCAGGUGAUAACUCCUCAGCAAAUGCAGCAGAUUCUCCAGCAGCAAGUCCUGAGCCCUCAACAGCUCCAAAUCCUCUUGCAGCAGCAACAGGCCCUGAUGUUACAGCAGCAGCAACUUCAGGACUUCUAUAAGAAGCAGCAAGAAUCACUCCAGCUCCAACUUCUUCAACAACAACAUGGCAGCAAACAGCACAGCAAGGAGGUUUCUGCGCAGCAGUUGGCGUUUCAGCAGCAGCUCCUUCAGGUUCAGCAGCUGCAGCAGCAGCACCUGCUCAGUCUGCAAAGACAAGGCCUGCUGUCCAUCCAGGCUAACCAGAAUCUGCCUCUGCACUCUCUCGCUCAGGGCGUGAUUCCAGCUGAGCUGCAGCAGCUGUGGAAGGAGGUAACGGGCGCACACGUGAAGGAGGAGAACAGCGGCAGCAACAACGGCCACCGUGGCCUGGACCUGUCCUCCGCCUCACCCGUGCCUCCCAAAAGCAGCCUCCUCAACCAGCACGCUACGACCAACGGCCAGUACAGCAGCCACGCACUCAAGAGAGAGAGCUCGGCGCUGGACGAGCACACACACCACAGCCACCCGCUCUACGCACACGGCGUGUGUAAAUGGCCAGGAUGUGAAGCAGUGUUCGAGGACUUCCACUCUUUCCUCAAACAUCUGAAUAACGAGCAUGCGUUAGAUGACCGGAGUACGGCCCAGUGCCGAGUGCAGAUGCAAGUAGUUCAGCAGCUGGAACUGCAGUUAGCAAAAGACAAAGAACGUCUGCAAGCUAUGAUGACUCACCUACAUGUCAAGUCCACAGAACCCAAACCCACCCCACAGCCUCUCAACCUGGUUUCCAAUGCCACACUGUCCAAGACGGCCCCCGGAGCAUCGCCGCCCCUCAGCCUGCCUCAAACACCAACCACACCCACCACCCCACUCACACCGCUCUCCCAGGCCCACUCGGUCAUCACACCCACCAGCCUGCACAGUGUCGGACCCAUUCGCCGACGCUACUCCGACAAAUACAACAUGCCCAUAUCGCCAGAUAUUGGCCAAAACAAGGAGUUCUACAUGAACACAGACGUGCGCCCUCCUUUCACAUACGCAUCAUUAAUACGGCAGGCGAUACUUGAGUCACCAGAAAAACAGCUAACACUAAAUGAGAUAUACAACUGGUUCACGCGAAUGUUUGCAUAUUUCAGGCGGAAUGCAGCUACCUGGAAGGGUGCUGUGCGCACUAACCUCUCCCUACACAAGUGCUUUGUAAGAGUCGAGGAUGACUUUGGGUCCUUUUGGACCGUAGACAACGAAGAGUUUAAAAGGGGCCGCCACAUUCAGCGAGGUCGCCCCCGGAAGCACAGCGUCGACAACAUCUAUGACAAGCUACUUGUACAGAGUCCUGCUCUAGUAAAAAACAUUCAGACCAGUUUGGGAUACGGUCCUGUCCUCCCGGCUUCCUUCCAGGCUUCGAUGGCCGAAAACAGCAUACCUCUAUACACUACCGCUUCCAUCGGAAGCCCCACUCUUAACUCGCUUGCCAGUGCUAUCCGAGAGGAGAUGAAUGGGGCCAUGGACCACGGCAACAGCAACGGUAGUGACAGCAGUCCCGGGCGCUCCCCUCUUUCAGCUAUGCAUCACAUUAGCGUUAAAGAAGAACCACUGGACCCAGAGGAGCACGAAGGGCCGCUCUCCUUAGUGACAGCCAAUCACAGUCCAGACUUUGAUCACCAUAGAGAUUAUGAGGACGACCACGGGAACGAGGACAUGCUGUAAGGCUGCUUUCCCUCGGGUCCUCUCCAAAGGGGCCAAACUUAAACUGAAAUCAUCUGUGAGACCACUCCCAACCUAGCAAGUCCGACUGGAUUCCCAGUCCCUUUUGUUGACAGCUAUUAAAAAAAAAAAAUUCCAAUUUACUCUUAGUGCCAUUAAUCAUGAGAUAUACAUGAGAUAAGAAAAAAAAAAAGAACUAUUCCAUUUGGGAGUAUUUUUCAGUUGUUUUUACUUUUUUGGGUUAAAGACAAAGACCAAGCACGUAAUUUCUACUUGCGUCCAGUAAAGGAGCCAUUUGGUACUGGGGGACUACUACUUCACAUUGCCUGGUCUGAUGGCAUUGAGGCCAGAGCGGACAUGAAUGAGAAAAACGCGCGCAGAGAAAAGACUGCCACUUUUGCCCUCGAAGUUCAACACUGAUUUACAAACUACAGAAGAGUGCACACUUGAAUCAUUAGCCCCCAAACAGACACUGAUGCGGAGCAUGUGGGCGCGGGUGUACGUGAUUUCAGUUCAAUGACACUGCCUUCAAAUCAGCUUGGGUUGCUUUCAACCUCAGUGUUGCCUCCAAACUCAGUCUGAUGUUUUGAUGGCAAAAUAAUACUUUUAUUUUUCAUUCUUUUUGUUCUUUUUUUUGUCCCCCUGAUUUGUCCUAUGCUCUUAUUUGCUAUAUAAUUUGACUUUGUUUUCUGUACCUGAUCAGACCUCAUGCUCAUUGUUGUAGAGAUUCUGUACGAUCUGCACUUGAUGAUGAAUGUGUAUAGUUUCUUUCCAUGAUGUUUCAUUUCUCCUUUCCUCUCCAUUAUUUAAUGGGAAACAGAAUGUCAAAUUUACCAUGUAGUAUUUUCUGUCAUUUAUUCCACAUUUCAGAUCACCAUCACACUGUCACAUUGCUCACUGUCUCUCUCUCUCUCUCUCUCUCUCUCUCCCACAUACACUCACACACACACGCAGGCAGACACACACACACACAGUCCAUCUGCAUAUGCACUCCUCGUAAUGAAGGCUUUUUCCACGCAUCAAUGAAGUUUAAUUUUCACAAGGGAAUGAAUGACAGAGAAAUCAACGCAGGUUACGACUUGUCCUUAUGAAAUACCUUCUGAAAUCCCCUCUCAUUGCAGUGUGUUAGCUGCAGCCGAAUCACUGAUCAAAACACUGGUGCGAAAGUGGGGGGAAAGAAAAAAUUUAAAUGUCAGAAUACAAUGAAGCAGUGGCAGAGAUAAUUUUUCUCUUUCUUUUUUUCCCCCCAUUCUGUAAUUUAUGGACUGUCGGGUUAAGGUUAGAGGACUUUAAAGUGCAUUCCCUGUUGUUUUAAUGUCUUGUUUGCCCACAUCAAUGAUAAGCCCACUCCCUCUCUUAUUAGCAGUUGUUAGUAAUUACACAUGAGAUAAAAAGGUUUAAGGGAUUACAAGCCACGGUUGGCAUUAGAAGCCAUGACCACUAAGCAUUACAGCAUCAGGGGCAGCCCACUAUGACCACAUGUUUCCUGCCACAUUACCUUGGAAACCAGAAUGAAGUCAAUUUCAGGCUCACAUUAAAAACAUCCACGGUACAGUGUCGGAGACGGGGACGGGAGGGGGGUGGUAAGGGGACGUCAGAGGGGGUGUGUAAGGGGUGCUGGGCAGCAAUAAGCAGCCGCUCUCAUUUCCAAUUGCCUGCCGAUUCAUCCAAAAUAGCGAAACGUUUCCAGUCUGUAACACCAAGAAGCGAAUUAGAAAUUAGAAGCGACUUAACCAAAUUUUUAUGCAUCUUGAUUUAUGACUGCAACCAACCACUCUUUUUAAUUUAUUAUUUGUUUUUAUUAUUGCUUUAAUUAUUUUUUUUCCUUGUUUUUGAGUUGUUGAUGUGUCUGUUACCGGUGACUACCAAAGAUAAAUGACAAGUUAAAAAAAAAAAAAAAAAGAUGUUCUAUGUUCCAUGCAAUAGCAAAACAAAAGGCCAAAUAUCCAAAUAUCCUCCCCAUGCAGUGCAAAAGAGGGAUAAGAACAGUGUAAGGGUUUGGGUGAAUAAAUGAGUGAGCUGUUUAACUUUGCUUAAAAGUUUAAAAGCCAAAGGGGUUGUUUAAGGGGCAGCUGCAAGUUUUUCUUUUUCUUUCUUUCUUUCUUUCUUUCUUUCUUUCUUUUUUUUUUUUGCCUUUGACCAAAUGGGAAAUGGGAGAGAAUAUGUUGAAUAAACACAUGACCAUAUCAUAGUGCUGUUCUCUCUGCACCAAGCUGAGGUUAAAGUAAAAGAAGGUUUGUCUUUGUAAAAGUGUCUGGAUUAAGUAUAAAGGCUAGUAAGUGAAAUACACGAUGGGGAAAGGAUUUAAAUAACACAACAAUGGACCAGUUUUCUCUCUCUCUCUCUCUCUCUCUCUCUCUCUCUCUCUCUCUCUCUCUCUCUCUCUCGGGUUGUUUUAAUGUUCGGAUUAGAUUGUAUGCCACUUACUAUGUGAAUCCAGUUGUUUCUUCUUAAACAUUGCAAAUGCUUUAUGAUUGUGUUUUAAAGUUUUUAUAUCAACUUUGUUUUUACAUUAAAACCAAACACUCCUGUCGACUAAUAAGCUGGGUACAAGGUACUUUAAUGGCAGUUUUGUUGUUUGUUUGUUUGUUUUGUUUUGUUUUGUUUUUCAUGAUAAACUCUGGAAAUCAUUUGAUUCACAGAAAAUAAACCACACGGGGCGGGCAGCUGUCGACGGGCUGAAAGCAGUCAGAGUGUGAAAGACAUGCGCUCAUCGUGCGCUAAUCCAAAUCUCUUAGCGUUAAUGUGGGAGAAAGAGGAUAAGCAGGUAGAUAAGAUCAUCUUCCGCAUGUGUAGCUCAACAUUACUAAAGUGAAGCAGCAUGAGAAAACUGUUAGUACGCAUACCUCAGUUCAGACCUAUAGGGAAUGAUUAAACAAAGAGAAAAAGGAAAAAAAAAAAAAAAGAGAUUCCAUUUCACUCUGUUGCACUUAGUUGUAUGUCCUGCAUGUUUAGUCUAAAACUGUAGCAAAUGAUAUUUUAAGAAAGAGUUUUAAAAAAAAAAAAUGAUAUAAAAAUGCAAAAAACCUACUUGUUUAUCUUGAAGGUCUCAUGUUUUUUUGUGUUUUUUUAAAAAAAAAAAAAACCAAUUCAAACCUCAGGCCUGUUUUGUUUUCCUUAAAGAAAAGUCAAAUCUUUCUCGAAGGUUUUUUCUUUUAGUUUUUGAGGCAUGGUAUACUGUCUUAGACGCCUUCACGUGUGGGCUUUUAUUCCCGUAGGUUGUACAUAACACCACAUUAUAUCCGUGUGUGCUUUCUUGUUUUCUUUUUUUUUCUUUUUUUUUUCCUUUUUUUUUUUCUUUAAAAAGAACAAAAAUGUUUGUAAUGCCAUGUUUGCUUUAUCAUUCGAACUGCUUUGUACUGACUAUUAAAAAAACAAAAAAAAAAAACAAA